UGCUCGACAGUGGACGGACAACGUUCGUCGUUUCGUUGGAUGCUUGCUUAGUAUCAGCGCGACUACAAUCACCAGCCGGAAUACGGAAGCGCGACUACUAACAUAGCAUCGUCGUCUGCAUCAAAGGGUGCCACUACCAUCGUUGACGGCGACGACGAUCUGCAAAACGACCAUGACACCUCGAACUUGCUGUUAUCAGGCAGCUGUCGUCGCGAGCUGAGGCAGCAAACUGUUCCUGCAGUCAAAUUCGCUGCUGUCGCUGCAGCCAUGAGCCCGAACAGCCGAACCUUCGCGACGUCAGCGCAACUGGCUGACGGCAAUCAAAACAAGCAAGCCGUCAGUGGAGCGCCUGUUAACGUUGUGUAACGUAAGAGUGUGUGGGGGCCAUACGGAGAAAUCGUAUAACCCAGAGGAUUCGCGUAUAGUUCCAAAGGAAGCUACCGUAGCAAUGGUGGCUGACCAGUCCGCAGACAUGAACCGCGUGACCAUUGCCGAACACGGGAGCGGAUAAGGUACACGGGUGUGCGGCUGGCUGACGUGGCCUGACGGCUGCCCCCGCUGCCGUUAUUGCCGCGAAUGUUCAGAAUUCGCCUUCUUUUUCGUGUGUUCGAUUGAACAGCCAUUCGAGUGAUAAGGUGCUAAUGUUCUGUCGAAAUCUAAUUAGGUGAUGUUUGUUUCACGGAAUGCGUGUCGUGCGCUGUUUUUCUUACGUGCAGGAAGAGCGAUUGUGACGACAUACGUCGGCAUGCUGCGGGGAUGGAAAGGGGAUCACUGUGGGAUCACUAGUCGCCUUGUCCGCUGUCGUCGUCUGUCGGCUCCAGUUUCGAUGCACGCGCCGCUUGAACACGCGCGAUUUACCUCCCAUAAAACAGCAGCAGUUAAUGUGUCACAGUGCAAACAGCAUUGGUAGUAUAAGUAAGGUAACAGUAAUGCUGAAAAUCGCUCAAAGGAUAGAAAGCAUUUUUUAGUAACAGAACUUUAUUGUAGUAGCUAUCACUAUACGGCUGCCGUCAUCGUCCGCCUCGUCACAUCAGUCCGAUAUUGAUAGUCAUACUGUGAUAGUUAUGCUGUUUGUGUUAGAACGUGUCUAGCAUACAGUAUGACACAGUAAAAAAACAUGAACGAAUAAAAUAACGUCUGUGAGGGAACUUGAGAAGCGGUGCGAGCAAUGGAAUAUCAAUUGCUCAAAUAGUACGAUCCUAGUCAACAACGUUCGUGUUCCCGUAAGCAUAAACGUUUUUGUCGUCUGUCGUUUACCCCGUUCGAGCAUUACUGUGAGCUAGCCGAAAAGAGCGGUGCCAACGUAGUGUGUCUUCUAGCCUGAUAAUAAUAAUAAUAAUAGUAUCAGGUGUACGUAGUGCCAUCCUCUUAUUCUGACCGGAUCUUUUCGUUUUCUUCCGACUAACGGGUGGAUGAAUUUAUGUGGUUGAUUGUGUGCGAGCGAUUCGAUUAAAUUGUAUUGAUUGAUUGUCUGAAGUGACUGAUCGGAUUAAUAGGUAUCGUAACUGCUACCGCUGGAUCAGCUGCUCGUGCAUGGCAUUGCAGAAGCGAUAAUGUCGGAGUGAACGUUGACGACCAGGACCACAUUCUCACCUAGAAUUAAAAUGAAAUUCUGGCUCUAGAACUUAGUAGCGUCACAGGCACCAGUUAGUUUCCAGCUAGAGAUAACGGCCGUAAACAAAACAUCGAUACGUAUUUAUCUGUGCUAUAUUAACCAUGUCAUCGUAAACAUUGAGGACAUAAGGGUUCUUUCACUACUACAAGUAUCCAACAAGAAAAGUAUGUACAACAACAAUAAUAAAAACGCGUGAAUUAACGGAAGCUUCCGAAAUAAAAUAAAAUUAAGAAAAUCAUAGCAGCGGUUAUACGCUCAACGAAAAUAACAUCGGCAGUACCAUCGACGGAAUUUAAACGGCCCUCUGCUUUGCCGACUUCGACGUCUCAGGGUCAGUUCUCAGCUGAGAAACCAAUGUCCUUCACUAAUGGUAAUCUACAGAAAGCCUUGAAAAAGCCCUCAUCAGGGCUUUUCUACGAGACUACUUCACCCUUUCGUCCUAAUAUACAGGUUUUUAAUAGUUUGAGUGGUCGCGACGUUACCAGCUACUAUACAAUGAACCAUAACAAACACCUUUGUGUAGUAGUGCCUGCCUCGCAGAGGGCAGGUCCAGGUCAGAACCAUCGAAAUAGAGCAAACAACUAAAGAGAAUACAUAUAAACGCGUGGUAGCCAAACGUGAACUAAACUUGUUCGGCCAAAAAGGAUCCUCGUACUACUUGAAAACGACAACAACAACAACAAUCCUACGUCUUUUUCGUGCCGCAAUAGAUUUUUCUGUUUAAUCCUGCUUGUAUUUAAGAGUGUUUUGUGAUUAAGUGGACGGACGGAAAUGACACCAGCUGUGGUUGCGCCUGCGUCUGCGUCGGUGGGUCAUUUAUAAUAGAUAACAAGUGGCUUUGUAAAUCUGUGAAGAAUACCCGCGGGCUAGCUAACCAGGACACCUGUACCUGUUAUCCAUAUAUCUACGUACAUAUACAUCUAUCUUCCCAUAGAUCUGAUCUAUCAUCUCUAGCUGCUCAGGAUGCAUUUGCACUUCGAGCGAAGCGCAUGUACUCGUGCUGACUCGACGGUGCAGGCAUUAUCGUGGAUGGGCAAGGUGCCCGACGAACUGCCUGAAGAUGACGGCUGGCGGCUUAACCGUCUCAACUACUACCAGGACGGCUGGCUAGCUUCGGGCAAUGCCAGAGGCAUCGUCGGAGUAACAUUCACGACAUGUCAUUGUAGGCGCACGUCAGAUCAGCCAAGUAGAACAAACUAUAACAUGCGAGGACAUCGAUCAGAGGUGACAUUGGUAAAAUGGAACGAGCCGUAUCAGAAAUUGGCGUCGUGCGACAGCAGCGGAAUCAUCUUUGUGUGGAUCAAGUACGAGGGUCGGUGGUCCAUUGAGCUCAUCAACGAUCGAAACACACAGGUAACGGACUUUGCUUGGUCGCACGACGGUCGUAUGGCGCUUAUAUGCUACCAGGACGGAUUCGUAUUAGUUGGAUCGGUGGCUGGCCAACGAUAUUGGUCAUCAAUGCUCAACCUCGACGCCACAAUUUCGUGUGGAGUUUGGGCACCAGACGAUCAACAGGUGUUAUUUGGAACGUCGAACGGCCAAAUUCUUGUCAACGACGUCCACGGAGAAGUCGUUGCACAGCUGAGUGUGUGCCGCGAUACUCCCAUUAUAGCGAUGGCCUGGUCAUGCGAAAAGUUCAAGAUGGAGGAAACUGACGUUGACCAGCCUGCACCGGGCGCGUCUGAUCAGUCAGCGGAUCCACAGGGCCACCCACUAGGCGGCGCUGGCAGUCUUGGCGGUACAGGGCCGCCCGGCGUACCGCAAGCGGUACUUGCAGUAGCCUUCGCUACAGGCGUAAUCUACCUCAUGAAAAAUUAUGACGACCUAACACCUAUCGUUGUGCACACCGGCCUAAAAGGUAUUAAGUUAGAAUGGUCGAAUAGCGGCGAAACAUUAGCGGUAGCGGGAGUAGCUGAUCCAGAACCCGGUGCCGCAACACCUACUCCAGGCAGCUACCGAAAUCUGGCAAAAUUCUAUACCGCAGAUACAGGCAGCCUUAGAUUCGUGGCGCCCAUUCCCUGCGCACAGAAGCCUGUUACCGCGCUCACUUGGGGCCACAAUGACAAGCGUCUGUUUAUCGCGACUGGUAACGUCAUCCAUAUCGCCUGGGUAACACGGCGAAUGGCGUCACUUCAACUUCUGUCACGUCUAACGAUCCACAGGGCGCUGCAGUGCGAACAGCAGGUCGCCCGCCUGCACUUACCAGCCCGGUUGCGAGCGCUUGUUGCCAACCUCUUCGGUCAGACGGUCAAAUGCACACUGCCACAGCCAGAGCGCUUACGAGAGUUCGUCUCUCGUCCGCCAGGUCACAAUAUCCGUCUGCACUGUACGGUAGUUAGGCACGAUGAGGACGCAGCUGCUGGUAGUGCCACAUAUACGCUGUUCCUCGAAUUUCUAGGGGGUCUUGUACCCCUACUCAAGGGCAGAAGGGCAAGUAAAUUACGGCCCGAGUUUGUCAUCUAUGAUCCACAGGCUGAGUAUUCGAUGCAACAACAUAACCAACAGCAGCACAACAAUUGCAGCGGGCUCAACUCAUCCUGUAGCAAUCAAGGAACGCCGAAUGUUUCCGGUCGAUGUACACCUGCAGUAUCUUCCGACUCCGAGGCGGAAGACAGUGGCAUGGGUUGUCAUGCAUCGCCCCGCGUACAGCGUCGAAGACGAUUUCGAAGACACCUACUCAGCAGUGCAGUGCUCCUUGGAGGAGGAUCGAAUAGCAGUAACGCGAACAGCAAUAACAAUAAUAAUAACAACAGCAACAAUAGCAACAAUUAUAGCAUCACUUACAACGGCCAACAUGGGUGUCUAGCUAACCAACAGGGAUUAGGGACGAAAGGAAUCGAAUCCAGAGACUCCUCUACCCAAAGGAAAGAGAAUACCUACGUUGACCAGUUGCCUGAAAAUGACAAAAUGGUGGCCAUAACAUCGAAUAUUUGGGGGACGAAGUUCAAGCUGCUUGGUCUUGUCGAUUGGCUUCCGGCAGUAUUGGGCAUGGUAUCAUAUCGUACGAGCCUUCUGCAUCUCCAGCCGCGACAAAUGACCCUCAUCAUCAAGGAACUCCAGGGACCCAAGCCCCACUCAAACACGCGGCUAUGCCCCGACAGUAAGAACAAAGGGGUCGGAGCCCUGCAAAGCACGCCAUCAUUUAGCGAAGAUGAUGACGAUCUUUUGCCACCUGACAAUUCUGGACACGCAGGUUGCGGAGGUAACAUAGGUGGAGCUAGUGCUAGGGCAACCGAAAGCCCACCUCCAAUUGCGCCAAUGACUCCUAAAAAGCAGCGUUGCGCACUUACCUAUGCUCAGUUGGCAGCGCAUGAUCUCGAACUCGAUGGUGAUAAUGAAGUACAUGUAGCAGAAGAAGUGUUAUCGUUCACGAGAACUUCGCACCCAUCAACGCUCCAAAUAUCCCUCCAACACGGCUCAUUUGGAGCCUCCUCAACGAUCUCGACCACGUCAAGCUCUGCCGUCAUACAAAGUGUAGCAACACAAACGUCCCUGCACUCACUCAACGACCUUUCUAUAAAUGGUAGCUUGACGCCAAACGGGCCAAGCAACAACAACAACAAUAGAAACAACAUGCCGACAGCGAUCAUCGUAGCAGCUGGUACAGGUGUACUGAACGCCUCCGCUACGAGCGGAGGGAAUGCUGUUGCCGCUAACUCGCUUGAUCCGUCGAGAGAAACCUCACCCGUUCCAGGCCCAUCGAGGCUGUCAUUUGGCCCCAUGGACCAGCAGCUAUCGUCAAGUUCCUCUCCAUCGAUCUCAUCCAGUUCAUCGGCCUCAGCACGACGGCUGCAUCGGAACUCGUCUAGUUCGUCCCCAACGUGCAAAGUCAUCAAACGCAAUAGUCGCGUCGAUCCCGAUCAGGGAUCACCGGUCGAAGAAAUGCCGCACUCAACCACCAGUGAGAUUGUACGGGCCGUCCAUACUCCGGAGCCCCGCUGGGCCGAAAAGGCCAACGAUAUCAAAUACAUCGACAAUGAAGAGGAAGUUUCAGAUAUAAUGUUGGUUCAAAUGCCGACAGAAAAUGCGGAUCGCCGUCCGAAUGGCGUGAUUCCGUCCCUGGCGGCGUCCGGAGAUAGUACGGGGUCAGCAGAGACACCUAACGUUGUAAUUCGCGACACAAGCCUACGAAGACCACCUGCACGGAGUGACACCACGAAACGAUUGACACUACGCUCAGCACCAGCUCCUGGGUCGCCGUCGAAAGCGGCUGAUUCCGACGGCUCGAGAGCGGCGUCGGGGGACACCAAAACAGCUGCUUGUCUCGUGGAUGAGCCCGGUUGUUGUUGCGAAGCAUGCCAAGCCACGGAUGACGAACGGAAUGAUACCGCUAGCAAAGAUGUCGGAAACCACCGAGUUACGAAGACGUGCAGUUCACCUUUUGCACUACGACGAAAUAGGAGCAACAAUACGUCUGGAUCUAACAGCCCCUCAACUAAUAGCGGCAACCUCCUUCGAACGCCUCCGUCUGGCAUUGGGGACCCCCUAGGUCAUCAUCAUCUUCAUCAGACAACAACAAGCACCACUAGCCAUGUGAUGUCUGGCUUUCCUGGCCAUUAUCUAGCGCCCGGACCUGCGCCUCUCAUGAACCCGCUGAGCUCCGCCACUUCGGCCUCGAUCCUAGAAAGCGGAAUUGUGCGUUCGGACGCGGACACUACUUCGGGUCUGGGCGGCCUUGGAGUUGGUGGUUCAUUGAGCCCCAGCUUAACCCCACCGGCUAGUCCUCCCGUCAGUCGCAGUACGCCCACGACUCCGGAUCUCAAUAAUCGCCGCCGGAACAAGAAGCAAAGUACGAAUCAUCUUAAGGCUUUACUAUACAGCCCGCUGUUGCUGCGCAAGGUGCGAAAACACUCUCUUCGUUCGACGAUCGAAUCUUCGGACGAUGAAAACAGUACGCCGGCGGGCAGUAACGAAGACGUCGUCUCAAUAUCCGACGGUUUCCGAGAUCUUGAAUCACUGCAGAAAGCCUACAUCCGUAAGAAGCUGAAGAAACGUCAGGGUGGCAACGGGAAGGUGCACACUCAGGAAAUGCUGCCAGGUGCCAAGGCCGAACAGGAGCUGCGCAUCACACCGCCUGAACCUGUGUACCGCGAGUUCACCUUGCACAAUAAGGCCCCGCUGUGGAACGAAGUCAGUCAGGUGUACCAGCUCGAUUUCGGGGGACGUGUAACCCAGGAGUCUGCCAAAAACUUCCAGAUCGAGUUUAAAGGCACUCAAGUAAUGCAGUUCGGCCGUAUCGACGGCAACGCGUACACGCUCGACUUCCAGUAUCCCUUCAGUGCUUUGCAGGCCUUUGCAGUCGCGCUAGCCAACGUUACCCAGCGUCUCAAAUGAUGCAUGAGUGAAAGCUCUGACGGGAAAAAUGUAGGGACAGUAUCAACAAAAGACCAAAAGAAAGCAACCGAUGCUUUUCCUCUUUCCGAUACCACGCUCUGGGUCAAUUGCGACGGCACAAAUUAUUGUUGAAUACCUGAGUAAUAGGCGGUAUUGUCCGCCAUAGAGAACUAUUAAUACGCCUAAUGAGAAGGCCUGAUUUGUCUAACAUCCUAUAAAAAAAACAUCCAUAAUUCAAUCGAAUUUAGCUCUGAUGCCGGUAAAGGGAAGCGUCCGUGGAGCGAAUCAGUGAAAAAUUAUCACGCUGUCUCCAUAUUUGUUUAUCUACGUAUAACGUCCUUAAUGUAAUAAUACGAAUAUAUAUAUAAUCUGGGUGUGUGUGUGUGUGUGUGUUUGUGUUUGUGAAUGUGUGUGUGUGUGUGUGGGUGUAUCUGGGCGUGUGUGUGUGUCUGGGUGAGUGCCUCACUCUCAAUCAAAUCAAUGGCCGCCGCCUAUCAGCCGAUCUCAACAUGCCACUAUGUGUUGCACAGUACGUGAUCAUUGAUGAAUCACAGCGCCAACGCGACACACAUCUGCACAUAGGGUAUAUAUAGGCCAAGGCACAGACGAUCUGUCCAUGUGCUAAAUUACAACUGUAAAGUAUCAGAAACGGCAAGAACCAAGUAAACAAUGGUCGCGAACUUGCGCCCAUAGUUACAACGUUAGAGAAUAAGAUUGUUAUGACCCUCAAUAAAAGGUUAACAGCUAUGAAGGAGUGCAGCGAAAAGUUGAGAAGCAGCUGGUGGCCACAACUGCUCGCCUGAUUUUUUUCUACAAUGACUUAGGCUCGAUAUGGUAUCGCUGUUCGUAUAAGAAUUUUAACUAGAUACACAGUAUAUAAAUCACGUAAUUUCCGUGUGACGUGUUGUGUCCAACAAGUCGUGCAUGAAAGCGUAUCGCAAAUGGUGCCAUUUGUCUAGUUGUCAUAUCCCGUUCACGCAUGUGACGCUUUUCACACAUUUUCCCUAGUCCAAAGAGACGAAACUCGAAAGUAGAAAAAAGAGAGCGAAGGCUACGGUGUUGAUGCCGUGCCAGCCAUGUACCAUGAAACAACCAGAUCGAAGUGAAUAUAAAAAUGGGACACUGGAAAGAAAGUAAGCCUAAUAAAUUAAGACUAGGAUCAGUAAAUGGUGGACCUGAAAUGCUCUAAGCUAAUGAUGGGAACACAAAACUGAAAUGAGCGUGAUUGAGCUACUGCAGUGGCUGGCAGCAUCAGAAGCCCAGCCAACUGCAAUGAAAGAAUGGGCAGGACAUCAUACGAUGAUGAUCAUAAUAACAGAGAAUGGAUGAACGCUGGAGGACGCCUUGAUAUGGUUGCCAUGCCAAACGUACCCUAAGGUGCCAUGUCAUUAGAAAAAAAAUUGAAAACAGGGAAUAGACCUCUAAAGACGAAUAUAUCUCCCGCAUGUAUUACAUAGAUAUUAAUAAUGAUUGUGAUGGUGAUAUCAUCACGUAACCAACCUUUGCCCACUUGUGCCAUAUCUGAACGGAUACUAUAUGUUACACGAACUCUAAUAUGGCAUAACGAUCGUAUCAUACCUACCUAUUAUAAUACUCUUAUUAUAGUUAUUCUAUUACUAGUAUUAGUUUAAACUAAUAGCAACAUGUAUAAUGUAAUAGGUACCAUGGAUAGACCGCGUAAGUACCAAUAUGCGGUGCGGAGAGCAAGCAGCAGUAAAAACAACAGCAGCAACUAACACAAACGCAUGGCUAUUUCUACGUGCUAUAUUAACGAUGAUAAUAAUAUUAAUCAAUCUAUUAUAAAUGGUGAUACUACAAUAGAUGAUGACGACAGGGGAAAGUCAACUUUGUAGCUUUUCUUCUUCCCUAAUAGUUUCUAUGGUUACCGCUACUAAAUGCUGUAACUAGCCAAAAUCGCUAUAUUGUAUCGUGGGUAAUUUUUCGAAAUUGUGCGCAAUAGUCGAGUUCGCCCGUAGCCAAGCAAAAACGUAUCCAAUGGCCAUGUCACCAACUGGAAAAAAGUAAUUGAAUCUAUAAUACAAGCAUUCUCCGAUUUUAAGAGAGACCAAAGAUACUGCCGUCGUAUUUCUUGCCGAAGCGAUGUUUAUCGAUUAAGAAAUGAUGAUAUACGAUGCACAGAAAUAACAACAACACAACUGAGCAAGCUCUUUCUAUCAGGUUCAAAAAUGGAAAAAAGAUACGAGCCAUUAAGCUAGUUGACUUCAAAGUCUGUGCUUUCAAUAACAUUUAAUAAAAUCAUUGAAAAUGGGUAGUAAUUAUGAUAUUGAACGGCGGCACUACGGCGACGGCAAUAUUCCACUAAGUUAGAUAAGGCCAACUAAAUCAAAUACCGAAUAAAAUAAAUUAUCCCAGUUGUUUUUGACCAGCUUCAAGGGCUACACGAGCUAGGAAUGGUGUGGGUCUGUAGAGCUAACGGAUAACGCUAGCUAUUAUAAUAUCCUGAUUAUUAUUAUUGCUACAGUUUUAUCGGCUAAGGAAGCUAUACAAAAUAGGAAAAAUUAUUUUGGAUGGACGCAACAACCGAGCCUAGUACACGUUGAAAGCAGCGUUUCUGUAAUGAGAAGCCAAACUCAGUGGUUGGUUUAAUUAAUGGUUAACGAAAUGCGACGAAGACGACGUAAACGUUGAGUUUAUCGCUUUAAUGUCGAGCGAUUUGCCGUUCAGCGGAUGGAACCCGAUCGUAAUGGUAGAACGCUAGUGCAAUGGGAUAAGGGCGGUGACGAGAUCUUCCCAGUGGAGGCAUCUUGACAUCACCUUCCUGCCUUUGUUGUCGGACAACGACUAACUCUAGUAAUAGUCAUGAUCUGUGCAAUAUUUUGGUUGUCCUUAGCUCGUUCAUACACAUAGAUCCACUCUCGCAUAUAAAUACAUGCUGAAUGUGGUGAUGUCCAUAAAACGGUGGUCCUUCUUACGGUACACGGAUUGAAAACAAGGGCAGCAGUAGCAGCGACAACGAUAGCAACAACUAAAUAUACAAACAAGAUAAACAAAUGAUGAAGAGGAUCAAAAUAUACGUCACUAACUCAUAACAGUAACGACCGGGGUUGGGUCAGAAGAGGUCUUCACGUAACUUACGCCAUUAGUUAACUAGUCAACUUAAUCGUUGAUCGCCCAAAGAAGGCUGCGACUUUAUGCCGCCUUCCAGGGCCUUUAUAUACACACGCAUCAAUAUAUUUAAUGAUAUAUCAUGAAUACAUUGCAACGGUAAACAGGAUCAGUUUGAAGCCAGCUCUAAUUAACCACAAUGAUGGGAUGGUCCCCCAAGUGCUGAGACAAGGAAGCGGAUACGGAAAUGUGUCGCGGAUGUCGGCUCUUAGUGUUGAAGUCGUCGGUGGGUAAUGUUCAGGGCCACAUUCCCAUACCAGUCGCAAACAAAAAGAUGGUGUGAGCAAUGAUGACGUAAACGGAAAAAUAUUAAUAAGCCAAGUAGGUGACGGAAACAAUAUGUGAGUGAUUCAUAUUCAUGGCGCUUCCGGUUAGCCUGACUAGGCUUAAGCCUGAUCGCUCCGGUUCGGCUCUUGAGUCCAGUGAUGUCCGAGGUAAAAAAUCACAAACCGUGACAUUGGAAGCGUUGUAAAAUGCAACGUAUGCCCGUCCAGCGCCAUGCUAUUUGUUACUGUUUUUAGUUUCCAUGCCAAGGACGUUGUCUGCUGCCGUCGCGCAGCGUUCUCUAUGCGUCAUGUUGGCGUGCCAGCAGAAUAUGAAUAGGGUCGACCGAAUUGCAUUUGUACAUGACGAUUAUGAUGAAGAUUAAAAACGAAUGGCAAGAUGAUACUAAUGAUAGCAAUGGUAAUUUUAGUGAUAACGAGGUAAUUAUAUAGGCCGUAUGGUGAUGAAUAAUAUAACGUAAAGAGAAAGAUAUGGCAAGGUGUACCGAAGUAGAAAUAGAAUUUUGUGUAAGCAUUAUAUCUACAGCGGAGUAUAGAACGCAUUAUAAGCGACUCAUUCUGACGACGACGACGACGACGACGACGACGACGACAACGACGACGACGACAAUAAAAAACGCGAUCAAACUCACACUUCAAAAAGGCCACAGGCGUAACCUCGCUGUUACGAACGUGUCCAUAAACAAUUUUCUCCACAAACAGUCAGUCUCUUCAUACCGCCAUAUUGCACAUUCAGGUGAUUAACACGAAUCGCCAGACCCAGUCCAAGCCAAUAACAGAUAGUAACAUUUCAAUCUCUGUGUAUAGUAACAACCAACACUACACUGGAAAUGGAACUUUUCUGCGACCGAAUCAAAGAUGAAGUCGAUAAGAGGGGUGAUCACGAUGCUGAUGAUAGCAGACAUCAAAUAGGUAGAUCGUAGAGCGACAUGUCACGAUGAAGGAGACCAUGAUCAGCAUACACAAUAAGGACAAAGAUACACAGCGCAUCGUCAUCAUCAUCAUCAUCAACAACGACAAAUAUUAUUUACAUAGUAACAACAGAAACAAACAGAUAAUAACGACAGUGAUGAUAUAACAACAGCAAAUAUAACAAAAACGAAUUAAUUAAUUACUGACAAUUGCUAAUA